GGUUUCUCUCUCUUUGACCGAAACAUAUACUAAAAUAAAAUAAAGGUCAGAGCUUUGUAUUGUUUCGGGUGCGUGAAUUCUCAAGCGAGCUAGUCUCUCUUUGCACACCAUUCAAUCGCCAAACUAAGGAAGAAGAAUCUAGGUCUUGAAAGCUCCGAAGUCUAAAAAGGUUAAUUUCUGAGUCAUUUUUUUUAAAUUUUUUCCCUCCUGAAAUCUUGAUCGUUGUGCAAUGAAAUAACUCUAUCUGUUCUUAUCCGUAAUUGGGUUUUCUUCCCUUCUCAAUCGGUUUCAGAAUACCCAGCUGGGUUUGAUCUCUUGGGUCUGCUCUGUUUCUGAUAGAUUGAAUGUUGAGAUGUUGAAUUUGUUGGAAUUUUAAUAAAAAAAAAAAGCCCCUUUGGAUUUUGUGGGUGUUUUGGAACAUGGGAUUUGACCGCAUGUGUAUUUUCAUUUAUCUUGAAGAUCUAUACUCGUGCUAGAAGAUUUUACGAGAUAUUUCAAGUUUUAUGGUUUGUGUAGCCUUGGGUGUACUGGCUUUGGGAGUUAGGGCUUUGGGCGUUGUAGGGUAACAUGGAAGAGGUUGAAGAAGCUAACAAGUCAGCUGUGGAGAGCUCCCACAGAGUGUUAAGUCUUUUGACUUUGCCCCAAGAUCACGUUCAGUAUAGAAAUCUAGUACUGGAAACUGAAGAAGCUGUGUUUAGGUUUAAGAAGGUUGUUUCUCUUCUCAAUACUGGUUUAGGUCAUGCAAGAGUCAGAAAGCUCAAGCAAUUACCACACUCAUGUCCCAAGAGUAUUCUUUUAGAUUAUCCACAGAAUAUAACAGAUCAUCCGUCCAAAACACUGCAGUUACUUCAGUCUAGUUUCCAAGAGAACCCAUUCCAGGAAUUAGGCCCAAAUGCUAAGAAAACUCGGUAUUUGGAAAACCCUACUUUGGAAUUGAGCUCAAAUGGGAAAAGUCCUCUUCAACUUGCUCAACAGACAUCUUCAUCACAGUAUAACUUUCUCCAGCAGCAACAUCAGCUACAGCAAAGGUUGCAACUUCACCAGCAGCAGCUGAAACGACAAGCUGAGAUGAUGUUUCGUAGGAGCGACAGUGGCGUAAACCCGAAUUUUGAUAGCUCUAGCUGCACACCCACAAUGUCAUCCACUAGGUCCUUCAUAUCUUCCCUAAGCAUAGAUGGUAGUGUGGCUAAUAUGGAUGGAAGUGCCUUCCACUUGAUGGAGGCACAACGUUCCUCUGACCAGAAUUCACAGCAAUACAAGAGGAAGUGUUCUGGAAAAGGAGACGACGGAAGCAGCAGUAGAUGUCACUGCUCAAAGAAGAGGAAACAUCGGGUGAAGAGAUCAAUCAAGGUGCCUGCUAUCAGCAACAAACUUGCCGAUAUCCCGACUGAUGAUUUUUCGUGGAGAAAAUAUGGCCAGAAGCCCAUAAAGGGUUCUCCUCACCCCAGGGGAUAUUAUAAAUGUAGUAGCAUGAGAGGUUGUCCGGCAAGGAAGCAUGUGGAGCGGUGCUUGGAAGACCCGUCCAUGCUUAUCGUGACCUAUGAAGGGGAUCAUAACCACUCAAGAUUACCAUCUCAGUCGGCAACAACAUAAUCCUCAAGAAGACCCGUCGAUUUAUGUCAUCGUUAUUUGCGAUUGGCUUGAUUGGCUCUGGGACUUUUUUUGUAUAAAGAUUCAAUUUUUCAUUAAGAGUAGGCCGGCCUGUCAACCUGGCCCUAAGCGUGCCGGGGCAUGGGAUUUGAGAUUCAUCGGCCGGCUCGAUGCAAUCCAUGAAUCUAAAAGGGUGGGGCGGGCCGGCCUCCGAAACUUCUGGGCCUUACUGUGUGCUGAGACGAAGCAUUUUACAUCUCUAGUUAUGUACUUUAUUUGCAAAAACCAAGUAUAGUGGCUGGCCCCAGGCCCUUUCUUUUAUUUUACUCACGAGUCGUGCGAGAUGAAAGUCUCAUGCACGGUUUUGAAUGAGAGAAAUAAGUGAGGAAUCCUCUUUUCGA